AUGGAUCAAAUCACAAAUCCCAAGGAUCUGGAUCGACCGUCAACCAAGAGUAUCGCGAAAUCGAAGGUUUCCACCUUCAUCGUUGGUCCUGACAAAACUGAGUUUACCAUCCACGCGGCCCUUGUUGCCAAGCAGUCACCCGUCCUGAACGUCCUUGUCAACGGGCCUUUCAAGGAAGCAUUGGAACAAUGCGUCGAAUGGAUCGACCUCCAGGAAGACGUGUUCUUGAGCUUCUGGGAGUUUGCAUACACCGGCAACUACACGAACCCCGUCCAAGAAAAUGGCUAUGAGGAGGACAGAGAUCCUGCCGAAGAAGAGCUGAGCCACUGGGGCAAGUUUUGGGCGAACUACGUCCGCCUCCAACCAGGACUCUCUAACACCAACAGUCGCGAUACACCCCGACUAAAUCGUUUGUGGCAAGUAUUUGCUUACAAGUACGCCCCCAUCUCUCAGCCGCCUGAUGCAGGGAACAUCGGUGCAGAUACACUGCUACAUCAUGCCUAA